UAGAACUCGGCCAGAGACUCCCCUUUGCUCGUUACAUCACUGUGAACAUCUGGGCAGCGUGAAGUGGCGCAGCAUCAGCCCCUAUAACUACAUCAUGACGACAGCCGACGCUGUGAGAAAGCGCCAUAAGGGCAGCUCCAAUGGAGCCCGGGCAGGGGUGAAAGACCAUGCAGAGGAGCCGGUACAGUGGGGAAGAGCAUGGGAGGUGGAUUGGUUCUCUCUGACAGGUGUGAUCCUGCUGCUGUGCUUUGCCCCCUUCAUCGUCUUUUUCUUCAUCAUGGCAUGUGAUCAGUACCAGUGCUCCAUCAGCCAUCCGUUACUGGACCUCUACAACAGUGAAGCCACCCUGCUCACCAUCUGGAACCGUGCCCCUUCCUUCACAUGGGCUGCUGCCAAGAUCUACGCAAUCUGGGUCACAUUUCAGGUGGUGCUGUACAUGUGCGUUCCAGAUAUCAUGCAUAAGAUUCUUCCAGGCUAUGUGGGAGGAGUGCAGGAGGGUGCCCGAACACCAGCAGGUCUUAUUAAUAAGUAUGAAGUCAACGGUCUGCAGUGCUGGAUAAUCACUCAUGUUUUAUGGGUGGCUAAUACUCAAUACUUCCACUGGUUUUCACCAACCAUCAUCAUUGACAACUGGAUCCCUCUCUUAUGGUGCACCAACAUCCUCGGCUAUGCUGUGUCCACUUUGGCUUUCAUUAAGGCUUAUCUGUUCCCUACCAACCCAGAGGACUGCAAAUUCACAGGCAACAUCUUCUACAACUACAUGAUGGGAAUUGAGUUCAACCCUCGUAUAGGAAAAUGGUUUGACUUUAAGCUUUUCUUCAAUGGCCGGCCGGGUAUAGUGGCGUGGACCCUGAUUAACUUAUCCUACACCGCUAAACAGCAGGAGCUGUAUGGUUAUGUGACAAACUCUAUGAUCCUGGUCAAUGUUUUGCAAGCCAUCUAUGUGUUGGACUUCUUCUGGAACGAAGCCUGGUACCUCAAGACUAUUGACAUCUGCCAUGAUCACUUUGGCUGGUACCUGGGCUGGGGAGACUGCGUGUGGCUUCCUUUCCUCUACACACUACAGGGCCUUUACUUGGUCUACAACCCCAUCCAGCUCUCAACACCCCAUGCUGCGGGUGUCCUCAUCUUGGGCCUGGUGGGCUACUACAUCUUCCGCUCAACCAACCACCAGAAAGACCUUUUCCGUCGCACAGAGGGUAACUGCAAAAUCUGGGGUAAGAAGCCCACCUUCAUCGAGUGUUCAUACCGAUCGGCCGAUGGUGGGAUUCACAAGAGCAAACUGAUGACCUCUGGGUUUUGGGGGGUGGCUCGUCACAUGAACUACACGGGCGACCUGAUGGGCUCACUGGCGUACUGCUUGGCCUGCGGUGGCAAGCACUUGCUGCCUUAUUUUUACAUUGUCUACAUGACCAUCCUACUGGUGCACCGCUGCAUUCGUGAUGAGCACCGCUGUAGCAACAAGUACAGCAAGGACUGGGUCCGCUACACUGCGGCUGUGCCCUACCGUUUGCUGCCUAACAUCUUCUAAAGCAUUCCACCAUAUUCCAGAUUGCUUUUCAACCAUAUAUAGAAAAGCAGUUUACCUUGUUAUUUUAUGUGGCUGCUCAUACUUAUUUUAAACAGUUGGCUUUUUAAUCUUUUAUGAGUGUGUGAAUGGCAGACUUUACAAAGAUUAUCUUGCCUUUUAGUGAGUGUGAGGGUGGAUGUACUAUACAUGAAUAUAUAAGUACAAGAUUAUCAAGGUGACACAGUGCACAGCAUUACAGAAUGACAAAAAAAAAGCUAAGAUACUGUGAUGAACUCAAGUCUUAAUGUUCCUGCCUUUAUCUGUGUGUGUGUUUGUUUGUUUGUUUUUUCAAUAGGCAUGGAAACUCAUUGUAUAGAGAAUAUCACUCAUUAUUGUUCAGGAUGUAAAUAGACAAAAGUCUAUAAAUCCAGAAUGGCUCAGACUACAGCUUAUCAAAUUUCUAUUCAUAUUUUUCUACCAGCCAAACUACCGAAAUAAAAGUUUCCCACUUUGUCUUUA